UGCGCCGCUGCCCGCCUGCCCGCCCGCGGCAUGUUGGCGCUGCGCGCCGCCCGCCGCCUGCUCCGCCCGCCCGGGCUCCUGCCGCUGGCGGCCCGCGGCUGCGGCUCGGGCGGCGCCGGCCCGCGGAACCCGCUGGUGUACCUGGACGUGGGCGCCGACGGGCAGCCGCUGGGCCGCGUCGUCCUGGAGCUGAAAGCUGAUGUAGUUCCAAAGACAGCAGAGAACUUCAGAGCUCUUUGUACUGGUGAAAAAGGUUUUGGGUAUAAGGGAUCCACAUUUCACAGAGUGAUUCCUUCAUUUAUGUGCCAGGGUGGUGACUUUACAAACCAUAAUGGAACAGGUGGAAAAUCCAUUUAUGGCAGCAGAUUUCAAGAUGAGAAUUUCAUACUGAAGCAUGUAGGACCUGGUGUUCUUUCAAUGGCCAAUGCGGGACCCAACACGAAUGGAUCUCAGUUCUUCAUUUGCACUGCAAAAACUGACUGGCUAGAUGGAAAACAUGUUGUUUUUGGACAUGUAAAGGAAGGAAUGGAUGUCGUGAAAAAAAUUGAGAGCUUUGGCUCCAAAAGUGGAAAGACCUCCAAAAAGAUCGUCAUUACUGACUGUGGCCAGCUGUCGUAACCUGUUGCCUGCUAUUCAGGACAACUUACAUACUGUGAAAAAUGAACCAUAAAAAAGCAUUUCUGAUCCCAUGAGUGGCCCCUUGGAGUGGGGGGCCAUUUAACUUGGGAUUUAUUUUUUAACAUUAACAUUUAUCUAUGGGGCUACUUAACUUGAUCAUAUUUUUAUACUUCUACUGAAUAGUACUGAUUAAAAACAACAACCAAAACAUAUUUUAGCUGAGCUACCUUGGUGGUGAUUGCUGCACAGGUUUGAUAAAGAGCCCAAUUGCAUUUUGAAGAAAGUGCAGUUACUCAGAAGCAUAUGUAACUGCAGUGUCAGUAUCAUUCUUAAUAACUGGAUGAUUCAGCUGUUAGAAUCCAUGGUGGAGUUGGCAACUAAGUGUUACUGGUCAAGAUAAACUGAGAACUGGUUUCCUUUGGUGCUAAUAAAUGCCUAUUAUGCUGUAUUUUUCAUCAUAUUGAAAAACUAUAUUGCCUAGUGUUCUCAAGGCUAUUUGCAACAAGACUGACACACGUUUUCUCGCUAAGUCUCAAUUUGAGUCCAUGUUUAAACCAGUAGAAUUAAUGUGUGAAGUUGUUGCAGUUUUUGUGCCAAUUAAUUUAUAUAGUCUCAUACCACUGGUUCCUUUAAAACUGAAGUUUUUCCAAAUCUGCUUCAAUGGAGCAAUUUUACUUUUGGGCUAAGUAAAUUGCUUUAAGUUGAAUUAGCCUACUGCCACAGCUCUGCCUGUUGAUAAGACUGCAAACUAGCCAAAACUAAUCAUGAGACUUUUUUUAAUGGAACUGCAAAUUAAUCUGAAGUACUGCUCUGUUCUAAGAUCUGAUUCUGUGAAGAAUACAGUACAGUUCUCAAUAGUAGGCUAUUUAGGCACCUUCAGAAUAAGUUCAGGGUAUAAUGAGUUUGCUUGGAUAUAAAAUAGGCCUUUUUGCUGCUUUUUAAAUAAUAAUAAUAAUUAUUAUUAUUACUGAUCCUGUGAAGUCAACUCAGCUUGGGAAUUACUUGAAUCAUGAGUUCUUUUCAUGCCUCAUAACAGAAGCUAAAAUUGGUUACCAUGGAAUCACAGGGCUUGCUUGUUGCAGGAGAAUCAUGGUAGUUUAUCCACAAGAGAGAAUGAAUCAGAUAAACACAUUUCCUUUAUAUAAACUGUUACAUCUUAUCUGCAGUCUUCGAGCAAUAAUAGACAUUAAACUUCACAGUAUCACUUCUAGAAUCACUAAAGCUGUAAAAGUAUUAAUACUGUGUGUGUGGGGGGGGAACACUUGAAUGCUUUCAUGUGAUUGUAUUCCUAUUAUUGAAGAGAAAAACAAAUGUGAAGACUUUCCAAAUGUGAGUUUACUUCCCUUGAAUUCUGUUGAUAUGUGACUCUAAAAUUAUUUUGCACUAGAAUUUUCCAGAUAUCUACAUAGUUCUGUAUGCAAAGUACUAUUCCAAGUGUGACUUUAUAGAAAAUGGAAUUGAAAAGAUCUGCUAUAGUUGUUUCAUCUUUGUAGUAAUUUUGAAAUGUUAAUUUGUGCUAUUUUGCCUUACUUCAAUAUUGAAGUAACUGAUUUUUGUGUGUGUUCACUUAAUUUGUGUAUAGAAAGUAAUUAAAAAUGGUUCUGUCACAAAAAA